UUUUUCUGAACCCACAAACUCCAUGGCUGGUUUCGUCUCUUAUCUAACUAUUUGCAUCGCUUCCCCCAUUUCGCUGCUCCUGGUUGCGAUUCGUUGCGGGGGUAUUGGGAUGUAUCGGACUUGAGCGAUUGACUCUUCUGGUUAUUUGAUGACUUCGAGAGUUGUUGCUGUGACUCAAUUGCAGGCCGUGGGUGGACAACUUCGCUGUUGAUGGGAUUUUUAGCGGAUGUCAUAAAUUUGCGACGCAGAGGUAGCCUUCCACAUCACAUGGUGGUUGUGCCGUUGUACAUCAAUAACCAAUAGAAGGAAACUAAGUGGAGCUGCUAGUAAUUAGAACGGGGUGCGAUCGGCAGCAUUCGCAGCGAUGAGUCUCACGAAGUCCCAAAUUUUUCAUGCCCACAGCAAUUGCAAACACCUUCCUCUGGAACGAGAAUGCCUUCAAAGACACAGUAUCUAUUCUGUCAUUGCUUCAUCGUUUCAUGUGGGUAAUCUAAAAGGCCCAUCACGUAAACGAUCUGUGGUCGCUCGUUUUGUGAUGAGUAGUAGGGCACAAGCUAAAAGGCCAGCACACCAUGGGAAGAGCAAGAAGGAUAGUAAAGAACAGCGGGGGAAGAUAUUGAAAAAUACUAAGAAAGUUGACUCCAGUGGCCUCAUGUUAACAGAUUCCCUCGCCAUAGGAAACUCUUCCUUAGCUCCAGCUGACUUUUGUAGUAUGGAAGAGGAACUUGAUGAGCUUGAUGAAGACGAUGAACUGCAGAUUUACCGAGGUCUUGUGCUCGACCUCACAUAUAGACCAAUCAAUGUGGUAAGCUGGAAGCGAGCAUUAUGUUUAGAUGUCAUGGAGAGGGCAGACGUGUUGGAAUAUUAUGAUCAAGCCGUUGUAGCAGUCUCCAAAUCCUAUUAUAUUCCAGCAGUUCUUAGGGUUAGUACCUUUGUUCAUGCGCCAAAGGGCAAGAAGGUCAAGCUCACCCUGAAUCGUAACAAUAUCUUUUUGAGGGACAAAUUUAGAUGCCAGUAUUGCAAUAAGAGGGGAGAGGACUUGACAGUUGAUCACGUGCUGGCAGCCUCUCGUGGAGGUGGUUGGGAGUGGGAAAAUCUGGUCACUGCAUGCGCAACUUGUAAUGUAAAAAAAGGAGACAAGUCUCUGGAGGAGUGUCGCAUGAAGCUUUUGAAGCAACCCAAGGAGCCCAAGGAGCUUGACAGUUCCGACUUGCCUCCGAACUACAGGACGUUUAGAGUCCUCCAUCGUAACAAAGCUACACCUGCGGAAUGGGUGGAUUAUCUACCAAAGCAGAUACCGCUUUUCUGAUUGACAAGUGCGUGGAUGUUAAAUAUAAUUGAUGAUUAAUUCUGUCACUUGCAAGUGUAGACAAAUUUUGUAUCAAGCAUCUGCUUGAUAAGUUGUGAAUAGGUAGAACCGCAGAAGACUAGUCCUUGUUUUCUAGAUGGCACGAAUGCGUAGUUAGCUCUGUGGCUCUGUACAUUUUUGUACAUUAUUGUAAAACUACCAACUAGAAGCUUGUUUGGCUUAGAAUCGCACGAACCCAACUGGGGUGUUGGUGGCCGUAAUCGUAUUUUUCUGCAUGUAUUGCUUUAUCAUUUCAACGUGGCUGGCGUUACUGAGAACGAUGAUGUUUCCCAGCCUCGUCAAUUGCACUUUGCUGCACAUGAUUGUCGUGCCGCAUGGAGACCAGUGCUUUGAAUAGAA